UCAGCCCUCAUCUUCUUUGAAUACAUUGUGACUUUCUCUGAAGAGAUUCACGUCAUCUGGGGAGCCAGGUUGACCACUGUCACGGUCAUCUUUGCCCUCAACCGUUAUCUCCUCAUGGCACAAGGCGUUAAUUUCGCACUGAAUCCCGUCUGGUGGCUCGUCAUCAUCGCGCGCAUCUUCCCGGCUGUAUCCGACCUGAUCGUGGUCCUUGUCACUUGGUUCAAAACAUCCGCGCUCGCCAUAGAAGUGCGGAAGUUACGGAUAAAAGGAUCGAUCGCGACAUUGUUGAUGAGAGAUGGU